CCAGUGCUAGAAGACUACCAGCGCGCAGUCCGUACGGUGAUCUGUUGUGGACAACUUCGUCAAGUGUUCUGUUCUAAUAAAAAGCAUUUCUUUUAAUCUCAAAAAAGUUUUUUGUAAUUGUUUUUAAUAAAAAAAAAAAAUUUUUAAUAAUGGCUACUGAAGUUGAAAAUAACGUGCAAACAGCGGUCGAAACAAAAGAUAAAGAGGAUGUUAAGGAAGUAACGAAAACUGAGGAAACAGUGGCUGAAAAACAAGAAACAACAACCGCUGAAACUCCAGCUCCUGUUAAGGAACCGGCACCUCCAAAAGUUGUCGUUCAUAAAACAAAUUAUGAAAAAGAUAUUGUGUAUUUGUAUCAAUUUUCGCGUACACCUUUGUUGCCAUCAAUCUCUUCAUAUUGUUUGAAAGUUGAAUCCUGGUUACGUCUUGCUGGACUUAAAUAUGAGAAUGUUGACCAUAAAAUGAAAUUCCGUAGCAAGAAAGGACAGUUACCAUUCGUUGAAUUAAAUGGUGAAGAAAUUGCUGACAGCACAAUCAUUCUCAAAGAGUUGGCACAACGUUUCGAUAAGGAUUUGGAUGCAGCUUUAACACAAGAACAACGUAAUGUGGCUCAUGCUAUGGUUUCCAUGAUUGAGAAUCAUUUAUUGUGGGUAAUUUUAUGGUGGCGUGCCAAGUAUCCUGAACAAGUGUUGAAAGGAUACAAAGUUAAUUUACAACAUGCACUUGGUACCAGAAUACCAAAUUCAUUCUUAAACUUCUGCUUCAAAUUCCAAUUUGGACGCAAGUGGUUCCAGGGUUCCAAGAAAUUGAAGGCGCAAGGUAUGGGAGUUCAUUCCGCUGAAGAAGUUGAACAAUUUGGUGAACGUGAUCUCAAAGUAUUGUCUGAUGUUCUUGCUGAUAUGCCAUUCUUCUUUGGUGAUGAACCUACAACUUUGGAUAUUGUUGCAUUUGCAAAUUUGGCUCAAAUUUAUUUCAUUGACAAAGAAGUUAGCUAUCCAUUACGUGAUUUUAUGACUGAACAAUGUCCAAAUUUGGUUGGUCAUGUCAAUCGUAUGAAGGAACGAUGCUUCCCCGAUUGGGAUGAUAUGUGUAACACACUUGAACUUAACUCUCAUUUACCAAAACCAGCACCAGAAGAAAAGGACAAAGAUAAGGAAGCUGCUCAAGAUGAAAAAGAAGGUGGUGACAAAGAAAAAGAACCAUCUGAUAAAGAUAUUGAAAAGGACAUUGAAAAAGAGAAGGCCGAUGAAAAAGAAAAAGAUAUUGAAAAAGAAAGUGAGGAAAAUAAGGAGAAAGAAGCAAAAUGAACACAUCCAAUAAUAACAAAGUAAUCAGUAUAUCUUAACUCCUUUUAAUCCUUUCACUGCCGAGGUAUUUGUUGUCCUUUUUCAUAAAAAAAAAGUCCCCAUGUGUCCCCCAUUUUUAAAAUAUAAACAAAAAAAAUAAAAUUCCCCAUAAUCCCAAAUAAAUCGUAUAUUAAUCAAAUUUUUUUUAGACAUUUGGCCUUCGUGUCGUUCGUCGUACGGUACCUCGGGCCAUAAAUUAAUAAUAAUCCUCAUUAAUUCCCCUCAAUUUUAUUCCCCCGUCAAUCGUAAUUAAAAUCCUAACUGUAUCAUCAGACUUAUGUGCAACAAAAUAUCUAGUUUUAAGUAACAAAAAAAAAAAUAAAAACCACAUAUUAACCGACAUUUUUAUAUUAAAAGAAGAAAAACAAAAGAUUUUACACAGGAAAAUAAUUUUUGAUUUCGUAAUUUUGGAAAGAAUCCAUUUUCGAAGGCACGACUUGAUAUGACGUAAGAUGAUGGAUUUAUUUCAAAAAUUGUGAAAAAAAGAGUCUGGAUGUAUAGAUUUUUCGGGGAAAACUUUAAUCUAUUUUCCGAGAUAAAUCUACGUAUACAGACUUAAAAAUUAUUUGGAUAUUAUUCAUUGCUUAGCUAAGAAACAAUUUUAUUUGUAAAAAAAAAAUAAUUAUUAGUUAGAUAUUUUUAUUGUAAGUAAAACGUUCGUAGAUCAUUCGACAUUUCUAUCUUUUUAUUUUUUUUAAAUUUUACUACUAGAUGCUGCCCCACUCCCUAUCUCUUUGAAGCCCUCUUAAUUUAGGGCUAACUAAAAGAGUUUUCAAUUUACAUUUUAAUUAAUUUAUAUAUAUAAAAGUAUGCUCUCUUUUCUAUCAGAACAUGCGUAUUUCGGACAGCGUCCUGUAGGACUUUUAAUCUUUUUGACAUCAUACUUGCUCUCUCAGUUAUAUGCGAAAAUUUUGUCGAGAAUAACGUCUAUAAAACUUUCCCACCAUUGCUAAAAACGUGCGUUUACAAGAAUGGUUGAAAAGUGGUAACGGAUUCUUUAUAAUUGCGUGAUAUGAUCCAAGUUUUCAUUUUCCAUUUCAAAUCAUUUUUCAUUUCAUUUUCGUAAGGUCAUACAUGUCUUAACAACUCAGGAGUUAUUUUUCACAGGAUAGUGAAGAAUCCCUCCAUAAAUACAACGGAUCAAUGUGAUCUUUCAACCAUAUUUGUGGGUAGCCAACUUUUCGCUAUAUAACUAAGCGUGUAAAUAUGUUUAAUUUUAGUAAAUGUAUUUAAUAAUUCCAUGUAAUAACGGCAUUUAAAAUAACCCAUUCCACCAUUAAAAAAACAAAUGAAUAAGAAAAUAGUGUAUUUGUAGCUUCAAAUUUCCCCCCAUUUAUAAUUCUAUUAUUAGGAGAGCGGAUUAUAGUAAACUCUUCCUUUUAUUCAAAUUUUAUUUUAUAGUUUUUAUAGUUCUUAAAGUGAUACAGGGUUUUUGGGCGUACUUCAAGGUUUCUAUUAUGGGCCCACCGAAGUAAAAUAUUUUUUUCAACUCAGUUCCAAAAUCUUUAAGGACAAUAAGUAUUUAUUUAAUUAAAAUUGAGCUAAGGGAGAGUGGAUUAGGGUCUGCUCUUGGACCAUUUAACGUAUACAUUUAAAAAAAAAAAAGCUCAUAUGAUAA